CCCCAGCAGCGCGCCCGGCCCCCAGCGAAGCUCGGCUGCGCAGCCUGGGGCCCUGGGGCCGGCCGGCCGCCGCGGGGCCCUCUCUGGGCGCGCGCCACGGCCCGCUGGUAAUGCCCGUCCCGGAGAAGACUUGGUUUGGCCGCACCGGUGUUUGUUCGAGGGUCUAAAGUCCCUGGAGAAUGACCUAGCACUUGGAAGCCCCACCGGCCUCCUGAGGGCCCCCGUGGACGCGCCGGCCCGACCCGAAGCCGCGAGGCGGGCAGGCACCCAGACUUGCGACCCUCCGCACCGUCGAGUGCCGGGGGUCCGGGCCAGGCGCGCCUCUUGAACUCACGACUAGGACAAUCGUUUCUUUUCGAAGAAGGGUUUUUCUCCUUUUUUGUUUUCCUUUCUUUCUUUCUUUUUUUUCUUUCUUUCUUUCUUUCUUUCUUUCUUUCUUUCUUUCUUUCUGUUCUUUCUUUCUUUCUUUCUUUCUUUUUUGCUUUUUUGUUGACUUUUGUUUUUGGGGGUUUUGUUUUGUUUUGUUUUGUUUUGUUUGGAGAAGGAAACUUUAGUGGGACAAAAGGAAGAACCGCGGGCACCAGGGGCAGUAGAUAAGUGAGAUAAGGGACCGCCGGCGAGCGUCGGAGGCGUUGGGUCCAGGAUGGAUGUGGCCGACCCGCAGCAGAUGGGCAUGUUUACAGAGGGGGAGCUGAUGUCCGUGGGGAUGGACACGUUCAUCCACCGCAUCGACUCCACGGAAGUCAUCUACCAGCCCCGGCGCAAGCGGGCCAAGCUCAUCGGCAAGUACUUGAUGGGAGACCUGCUGGGGGAGGGGUCCUACGGCAAGGUGAAGGAGGUGCUGGACUCGGAGACGCUGUGCAGGAGAGCUGUCAAAAUCCUCAAGAAGAAGAAGUUGCGAAGGAUCCCCAACGGGGAGGCGAACGUCAAGAAGGAAAUCCAACUUCUGAGGAGAUUACGGCACAAAAAUGUCAUCCAGCUGGUGGACGUGUUGUACAAUGAAGAGAAGCAGAAAAUGUAUAUGGUGAUGGAGUACUGCGUGUGCGGCAUGCAGGAGAUGCUGGACAGCGUGCCAGAGAAGCGCUUCCCCGUGUGCCAGGCCCACGGGUACUUCUGCCAGCUGGUGGACGGCCUGGAGUACUUGCACAGCCAGGGCAUCGUGCACAAGGACAUCAAGCCGGGCAACCUGCUGCUUACCACCAGCGGCACGCUCAAGAUCUCCGACCUGGGUGUGGCUGAGGCACUGCACCCUUUUGCUGAGGACGAUACGUGCCGCACGAGCCAGGGCUCCCCAGCAUUCCAGCCUCCUGAGAUUGCCAAUGGCCUCGACACCUUCUCUGGCUUUAAGGUGGACAUCUGGUCAGCUGGGGUCACUCUCUAUAACAUCACCACAGGCCUGUACCCGUUCGAGGGGGACAACAUCUACAAGUUGUUUGAGAACAUCGGGAAGGGAGACUACACGAUCCCGGGUGACUGCGGCCCCCCGCUCUCGGACUUGCUGAGAGGGAUGCUGGAAUACGAGCCAGCCAGGAGGUUCUCCAUACAGCAGAUCAGACAACACAGCUGGUUCCGGAAGAAGCACCCGCCAGCUGAGGAGCUGGUGCCCAUCCCACCGAGCACAGACUGCAAGGAUCGCUGGCGCGGCAUGACGGUGGUGCCCUACCUGGAGGACCUGCACGGCUGUGCUGACGACAACGGGGAGGAGGACCUGUUCGAUAUCGAGGAUGACAUCAUCUAUACUCAGGACUUCACGGUGCCCGGUGGCGAGGACACGUCUGAGGCAGGGCUUAGAGAGGAGAGAGGCACGCAGAAGAGCCAGUGCUCAGACCUUUCUGGAGAGGAAGCUGAGGCCGGGGGCGCAGAGGAGCUCGAGGCCUUAGUGUAGCGCUGCCCCUGUCCCCCCCCCCCCCCCCNCCCGCCCCGCAGCGCCACCCAAUGCCAUACAGGGCCAGGCCUCGGCACCCUCCCACCAACCCUCCCUGACCCUGCCCAGGGCAGCUGCCCCAACCCCCACAGUGUUCACUGUUCUGGUCUGGGGCCAGUUUCACAGGUUCCCAUCAUAAAGGUUUGCCCUGCUGUGCGUGUGUGGGUGGUGCUUGUCUCCCUUUUCCCCGGCUCGUUUGCCACGUGUUAGAUUUUUAUUGUGGAAUAAAUUGGUGUAGGGGGGUGGCCCGUGUGGUUGGUGGGGCCCCUGGGGACACCCCCUUGGGCAGUAACGCUGUGGGCCCGGAGCUGUUCUGCUGGCAGAGCUGGAGCGGGGCUCAUGCGUCCCAUCCCGCAGGGGGCCUGCUUGGGGGUCUGUGGUGCCCGUUUUGGAGCUGACACGUGCUGCACCCCAAGUGGCUGUGGCUUUGGCUCAGCUGUGUGCCUGUGGAGUCCUGGGAGGUGAGGUGCGCAUGAUGUCCGUGGCCUGGCAGCAGUCUGUCCCCUACGUAGAACAGGAGAGAGGUUUCCUGUCUCUCAGAGGUACUGGGCUGUUACGUCAGGUCCUCGGGAGUGACCCUCGCUGGCAGGCCGUCUGCUCUCCCAGCAAGGCAGAGUGAGGACUCUGCCAGAUCCCAGAACCUUGGCAGUCCUCUGACUACGUGAGUGAGAGACCAGGAGCUGCCUUGUGUGGUUGGGGAGGGCUGAUGGAGUAGCGGCUUUCCAGGCUGGAGUCGGAUGCCUGGCCUGAGAACGUCCGUCCGUGGUAGCGGUAGCAGAGCUCUGCUCCAGGACCAGUGGGUUAGCAGUGAGCUGUGCUGCGGCCACGUCCCCUCUUCACUCCAGUCCCCAUGCUGCAGUCACCCUCAGAGGUGCUCAGCUGCUUGGCCUUGGUCUCCCGGCACUGUCCCCACUAUGGGGUUCUGCCUCCCACCCCGAAAGCUGGGUGCUGGCCCUUGGGCCAGAGGCGGGUGGUUGUGGCUGAUGCUCCAGUCCUUUGAGGAUGAGGAGGCCAGAUCCUGUGCCCCCCCCCCCCGCCCCGCCGCAGCCACAGUAGCUGCUGUGCCAGUAGCUGGGCUCCAGGUAGUCUGUGCAGAGCUGUGACACUCAGUGCCCGCGUGGCCCCUCCUCCAUCGGAGCAGGGCACCUGACCCCCCACGAGACCUCUCUCUGGCAGGAAUCUGUCAGCAGGGAGGUGCUCUGACCUAGGAUGCUUCCUGUGUGCAUAGUGGUGGCUCAUGGCAAGUUCCAGAAGCUGCUGAGUCAGAUACCGGAGGCCGUUGGCCUAGAGGGGGCGCUGUGCUGGAGAAGAAGUGGACUGGAGGCAGCCGAGGGCAGCUUCCCGCCUGUGUCCCAGGAGGGUGGGCUAUGGGUAGCAGGCUGAUUUUCCAUGUGCACUCAAUGAGCUACAUGGGCCCUAGCAGGUUGGCUGACCCCUGCAUGCCUUCCCCCCACCCCCGCCCC